CCGCUCGCGGGGUCGCCGGUUCGAGCCCCGGUGUUGGCCUCGGUGCGGGCGGCCAUGGCGCGGCGGGCUGUGCUGUUCGACUUGGGCGGCGUGCUCUUCGGGCCCGGCCUGCAGCACUUCCUGGGCUCCUGCGAGCGGGAUUCCGCCCUGCCCAGGAACUUCUUGCAGAAGGUGAUGCUCGACGGCGGCAGCGACGGCCCGUUGGGCAAGGCGAUGAGGGGGCAGAUCAGCUUGUCCCAGCUGUGCUCGGAGACGCAGGAGGGCUGCGGGAAGCACGCCGCCGCCGCGGGGGUCCCGCUCCCGGAGACGUUCUCCGUCGCCCAGGCUUUCGAGAGCGCGGCGGCCGAAGGGAGGAUCAACGGGCCGCUGCUGCGGGCCGCCGCGGCGCUCCGGAGGAACGGAUUUAAGACCUGCGUCUUGACAAAUAACUGGAUUGACGACAGCGCCGGGAGGCACUUCACGGCCGCCUUGAUGAACGUCUUGCGGAGACAUUUCGACCUGGUGAUCGAGUCGUGCCGAGUGGGAAUGCAGAAGCCCGACCCGGGAAUCUACCGCUCCGCGCUGGAGGCGCUGCAGGCGCAGCCGCACGAGGUGAUCUUCCUGGAUGACGUCGGUGAGAACUUGAAGCCGGCCCAGCAGAUGGGCAUGGCCACCAUCCUGGUGAGGGACACGGAAACCGCCCUGAAGGAGCUGCAGGAGCUCUCUGGAGUGCAGCUUCUGGGCCAGGAGGAGAUGCUGCCGACGGCCUGCGAUCCGAUCAACAUAAGCCAUGGAUAUGUGCCGAUCAGGCCCGGGGUCCAGCUGCACUUCGUGGAGAUGGGGCAAGGCCCCGUCGUGUGCCUCUUCCACGGCUUUCCUGAAUCCUGGUUCUCCUGGAGGUAUCAGAUCCCAGCUCUGGCUGAUGCUGGCUUCCGGGUCAUCGCGUUGGAGAUGAAGGGCUAUGGGGAAUCCACGGCUCCGCCGGACAUAGAAGAAUAUUCCCAGGAGGUGAUAUGCAAGGAUCUGGCAGCUUUCCUGGACAAACUGGGCAUCGCCCAGGCUGUGCUGGUCGGCCACGACUGGGGAGGCGCCGCGGCCUGGAACAUGGCCCUCUUCUACCCCGAGAGAGUGAGAGCCGUGGCUUCGCUGAAUACCCCCUACAGGCCCGCGGACCCCGGCGUGGACAUCGUGGAGGCGAUGAGGAGCAUUCCCACCUUCGACUAUCAGUUCUACUUCCAGGAGCCGGGCGUCGCGGAGGCAGAGCUCGAGAAGGACAUCGGCAGGACCCUGAAGGUCCUGAUCCGCUCCGUCCACCAGGAGGACCGCCUGCCGUUCGCGCCCAAGCUCUCCGGCGUCCUGCAGCGAGGAGGGCUGCUGGUCGGCUUCCCGGAAGACCCCCCGGCCAGCCGCAUCCUGGGCGGCGCCGCACUCUCCUAUUACGUCCAGCGGUUUGCAAAGUCCGGCUUCAGGGGACCGCUGAACUGGUACCGCAACAUGCGGCCCAACUGGCGCUGGGCGCUGUCGGCCGCGGGCAGGAAGGUCGCGGUGCCGGCGCUGAUGGUCACCGCCGGAAAGGACGCCGUGCUGCGCCCCGGCAUGAGCGAAGGCAUGGAGCAGUGGAUCCCGCAGCUGAGCCGGGGCCACAUCGAGGACUGCGGGCACUGGACGCAGAUGGAGAGGCCGGCGGCGCUGAACGGGAUCCUCCUGGAGUGGCUGCGGAAGCUUCCCGACGGCGCGUCCCCGCCGAAGAUCUCCCGGCUCUGAGCCGGGCCGGGGCGAGUCGCUGCCCCUUGGCCUCGCUUUGGCCCUUGGCGUUUAAUUUUUUUAAUUUUAAUUUUUUUUUUUUUU